CUGAGGGACGCUCGUAGGGAUCCAAACGAAGCCCUACAGAGUACAGACACGUACAAGCGCAGUCUGCUGGAGCAUCAGCUCCCCCAGGAGACCCUUCAGGGGCUUCUGGCCAUGCGGAGAUCGGCAGCAGAAGAUGACCCUUACUACCUCAAGUACAUU